AUGUUUGGUGGGAAGACAAUGUUACUUGGUGGAGAUUUCCGGCAAGUGCUGCCUGUAGUUGAGGGUGGUAAUAGGCUAGACACAAUUGAUGCAUCAAUCACCAACUCUUAUUUGUGGGACCAUGUUAAGAUACUAAAACUUACAACCAACAUGCGCAUACUUGGGAUGGGGAGGAGUGGUUUAGCAGCUAAGGAGGUGAAAGAUUUCAGUGACUGGGUAUUGAGUGUUGGUGAUGGUACUGCAAAAGGUACCGCUGAGAUUGAUGACGGGGACUCGGAGCUGAUUGAGAUACCAAGUGACAUCUUAGUCCCAAGACUAGAUUCUGCUAUCGAUGAUAUUAUAAGUUCUACUUAUCCCAACUUGGAGGCAUCAUAUUCAGACCCAACCUACCUGAGGGAAAGGGCUAUUAUAGCUCCGAAGAACGACACCAUCGAUGAAAUGAAUAGCCGUAUUCUUUCUUUAGUUCCAGGCAAUGAAAAGGUAUACCUCAGCUCAGAUACAUUGGUUGAAUCCUCAAAGGAGAAUGAUGUUAUUGGUCAACUUACAACCAUCCAUCCAAUGGUGCAGAGUAGUGGUUUGAAUGGCUCUUCUGUUAGGAGAUCAGUGGAGAUACGUGAUCUAAGUGAUCGGGUUUUACUCGUAACAUUAUGGGGGGAACACGCAACAUCUUUUGAGGAUGAGUUCCUUAUUGAGAGCAUUGGGAAUGAUGAGCCGGUUGUUAUCAUUUUUGCUGGGAUGCAGGUGAAGACGUUCUUUGGUGCUACAACUUGUGCAAGUGGUUCUGCAACGAAGUGGUAUAUCAACAUUGAUACCCCUGAAGUUAAUGCUUUCCGUGCUAGCUUAGAGGGAAGAGGUUCCGAGGUCGUGCUCCUACCGGGGGAUGGUGGUGCGGCUGCAGGCGCUAUUGACGAUGCAACAUCUAAUAGGAAGAGCAUAUCAGAGCUCCUCUCCUUGGAUCCUCACGACAACAAUGAUGUCCGUUUUACUUGCGAUGCAAAGAUUAAAGAAAUUGAUGUUACAAAUGGUUGGUGGUACAAAGGGUGCAGCAAGUGCAAGCGAGGGCUAAUGCCAACUUUUGAAGGAUUUGAAUGAACUAACUGUGACGAAAUGAAGCCCGUAGUCAUUCCUAGGUAGCCCUUAUAAUUUGAUACUGCAUUCCCUUCCAAAUCCCCGUCUUGUAAUUUAUUUUUGACGUGCCUUAUAUUGGUAUCUUAGUUACAAGCUAAAUGUGGUUAUCGAGGACAACACUGGCCAUGCAAAAAUAUUUCUGUUUGGAGGUGUGGCUGAGCAGGUUGUGCGGCGGACUGCCGCUGACCUCGUGGAAGAAAGUUCAUCCAACCAAAUUUUGCUGCCUGCAUCCCUCCGCAGCCUUGUUGGGCGGAGGUAUGUGUUUCAGGUGGUUAUCAGUGAGCAAACCUUUAGAACUGGGCAGCUCUGUUUCCAAGCUAGGAGGGUGUUCGUGGCUCCAACUGUUGCUGGGGAGCAAUCUAGAUGUGCUAGUGGCGAUGUGCGUGGUCCUCCUGGUGGUUCGUCCGCAGCUGGGAGCUCUGGAAAGGAAACCGAAGAUGGUCCUACCUUAACUAAAGUGGUCUUAGAUGCAGAAGGUGGACCCACAACGCCUCCUGAUGGCAAGAACUCAUCGACUAAGGGAAAGGAGGUCCCCGCUGAAGCUAAUGAAGA